ACUGAGCUCACAGUCCGCACGAGAGGAAGAGUCGCGCGCUCAAGGAAAGGGGUAAAGAAAUAUACGAAUAAUUAACGAGCAUUAUGGCUCUGCGGGACGAACUUUUAAAGACUAUAUGGCACGCGUUUACCGCUCUGGAUGUAGACAAAAGCGGGAAAGUUUCAAAAUCUCAGUUGAAGGUCCUGUCUCAUAACCUGUGUACAGUUUUGAGGAUCCCACAUGAUCCGGUGGCUCUGGAAGAACACUUCAAAGACGACGAUGAGGGUCCCGUUUCUAACCAGGGGUACAUGCCAUACCUCAACAAGUUCAUCCUGGAUAAGGUGACUGAUAACUUUGAUCGUCAGGAGUUGAAUAAAAUGUGCUGGACACUGUGCUUCAGGAAGAACCUGCAGCAGAAUCAGCUGUUUAUCUCCAAUGAUGAUGCCUUCAAGAUAUGGUGCAUCUUCAACUUCCUGUCAGAGGACAGAUACCCACUGAUCAUGGUCACUGAGGAGAUCGAGUACUUCUUGCGUAAGCUGACGGAGGCGAUGGGGGGAAGCUGGGUGGAGGAGCGCUUCGAGGACUACAAGCUGCAGCUGAGCUUAAAGCAGCAGUGUCUGAAUGUCUGGGAGCUCAUCCUUCUGGUGGGCUCGGGCCACUUCAGUAAGGGCAUGGACAAGCAGACGCUGUCUAUGGGCAUCAACGAGGUCUACCAGGAGCUUAUCCUGGAUGUACUGAAACAGGGAUAUAUGAUGAAGAAGGGACACAAGAGGAAGAACUGGACUGAACGCUGGUUUGUGCUGAAGCCCAACUGCAUUUCCUACUACGUUGGUGAGGACCUCGCAGAGAAAAAAGGAGACAUCUUGUUGGAUGGAAGCUGCACCGUGGAGCCGUUACAAGAUAAAGAAGGGAAAAAGUGCCUCUUCCUCAUCAAGUCAUCUCAAAAAACAUUUGAAAUCAGUGCAUCGGAAAGGAAGAAGAAGCAGGAAUGGAUUCAGGCUAUUCAGACUGCCGUCAACCUGCUGCGUCAGGGCCGGCCGGCGCCGCACCACGACGCCCGACAGAAGCGCCGAGAGCUACGGCUGAAGCAGCAGGCUGAACAGGAGGAGCUGGAGCUGAGGAUGAGGGAGCUGCAGACAGCCAAUGAGGCCAAACAACUUGAGCUGGAGAACAUGAGGAAGGCUCUGGAGGAGGCAGCAGCCAACGCAGCAGAAGAAGAAAGAAAACGUCUUCAGACCCACACUGAACUGCAGGACCGCUACAGGAUAGAACUGGAGAGAGAAAAACUGGUACGACAGGAGAUGGAGGAGCAGGUGGCCCAGAAGUCCACUGAGCUGGACCAGUACCUGCAGAGGGUCCAUGAGCUGGAGGACAUGUAUCACCAGCUGGAGGACGCUCUGGAGGAGGAAAGGCGCGCCAGACAGGAUGAGGAAACCGUCCGUAAGCUGCAGGCACGGUUGCUUGAAGAGGAGGCCAUGAAGAGAGCAGAGCUGGAGCAGAUCCACCUGCGGCAGCAGCGGGCCAUCUCAGAAACGGAGGCAGAGAAACAGGAGCUGGAGAAGGAGCGUCUGGCCAAGGAGAGCGCCCUGCAGGCUGCCAUGAAACAACUGGAGGUCCUGGAGCUAGAGAGACAAGGAGCGCUGGAGCAGUACCAAACGGUGAUGAAGAAGCUGGAAGAUGCAGCGAACAACACAAAGUCAUGGAAACACAAAGUGGCUCAUCAAGAAGGCUUAUUACGGCUCAUACAGCCAGGCUCUAAGGGACCACAGAAGAUCACAAACUGGGGUCCGGCAGCUUUCACUGACGCUGAGCUCAGUCUGCGGGAGAAGAAAUGGCAGGAGAUGAAGAACCAAGCUGCACAUGCUCAGUAGAGCUGCUGCCAGCUCUUCAGCACACCACUAAAACAGGAGGAGCAGACAGGCCCGAUGGGAUAUCUUGUGUUUGGUAACAUCUAUUUAGCAGCUGAAACAGAAACAUGGUGGUCAGAUCCUACAAACAAGUUUACUGAGAUAAUGAAGCAUCUUUUCCUCAUUGGGCAUUAAUUAAGAUAACUAUUAUCUGUCAUUAACCUUAGGUGUCAGCUGCGCAAAAUCUGUCUCUGUUGAUGUAAAGUCACUGAGCAGAGAUUAAUCACAGCUUCAUAUUGUGUUUUUACCAAUUCCCAUACAAUAACCUGUUAAACAAGUGAUAAAACUGAGAAAAUAGUGGAAUGAAAACAGCUUUGUUAGCUUUGAAUAGCUUUUUGUUGCUAAUUGUACUUUCAGUCACUGGUGUUUGUACAGUUAGGCAGCUAAAGAUGUUUUUAACCACAAAAUAAU